AUGUCCUACACCCGCUUGAACAAAGAUGACGCCGCCGUGCUCCUCAUAGACAUCCAAGUGGGCCUCAACUCCCUCGUGCGCGACAUAGAUCCCGACAAGUUCCGCACCAACGUGCUCGCCCUCUCCGACCUGGCCGCGUACUUUUCCCUCCCCACCAUCCUGACUACAUCGUUUGAGGACGGGCCCAACGGCCCCAUCGUCCCUCAGCUCAAACAGCAGCACCCAAACGCGCCCUACAUCCCUCGUCCGGGUCAGAUCAAUGCCUGGGACGACGCCGACUUCGUCGCCGCCGUGAUGGCGACGGGCAAGAAACAGCUUAUCAUCGCCGGCGUCGUGACUGAGGUCUGUGUCGCUUUCCCCACCCUCAGCGCCCUGAAGGAGGGAUACGAGGUUUACGUCGUGACAGACGCGAGCGGGACGUUUAACGCUCUCACGCGCGAUGCGGCGUGGAGCCGCAUGAAUGCGGCCGGGGCCCAGCUCAUGAGCUGGUUUGCUGUUGCUAGCGAAUUGGCGAGGGAUUGGCGGAACGAUGUACAGGGGUUCGGGGCGUUGUUGCAGAGACAUAUCCCCGACUAUGCGGACCUUGUGACCGGGUACGACGCCGCGAAGAAGGCGGGCGAGGACGAGGAGAAGAACUCCAAGUAA